AUGAAAGCAAAAAAAGUAUUCUAUCUUAUUAAUUUCACAUUAUUUGUUUGUUUGCCAAUAUUAUACCUUUUCAAUGUAUGCUUAGUUAGUAAUCAUAAUCCUCAUAUAUUAAAUACAGUAAAUAGAAUAUGGAGAAAUGAAAGUACAAGAAAGUCAUUAAUGUUAGGAGAAAAUUAUCCAGAAACAAAUGAACAUAGAGAAAAAGUAUAUUGUCUUGAAGGUAAAGGAAAAGAAGAAUCAAUAUUAGAAGGAAAACAGGUACAAGAAAAGAAACUUCAAGAAGGGAGAAGAAUAGAAACAGGAGUAAAAAAUUCAGCAAAAGCAGGAUUAGAAGUAGGAUCUGCCAAAGGAAUAAAAGUUUCAAAAAAAACAGAAUUGGGAGUUGGAUCCCUAAAAGGAAUUGGGUCAACAGCAGGACCUACAAGAACUGUAAAAGUUCCAACUGGAACAGAAUCAAGAAUAAUAAGAGAUGUAACAGGAAAUCAUUCAGGAGUAGGAUCUAAAACAGGAGUAAAAGCUUCAAAAGUAACAGGAUUAAGAGUAGGAUCUAUAGAUGGAUCAAAUAGUUCAAUAAAUCCAGGAUUAAGAGUAGGAAAUAUAACAGGAUCAAAAGAUUCAGCAGAAACAGGAUUGGAAGUAGGAUCUGUAACAAGAAACAGGCCACAAAUGAAAUCUAAAGUUAUUGUAAAAGUUCCAAUAGAAUCAAAAGCUUCAAUUAAAACUGAAUUUAGAGUAAGAUCUACAGGAUCGAGAGAUCUAACAGGAGCAGGACUAAAUGUAGAAUCUAAAAUAUCAGAAGAUUCAACAGGAACAGGAAUAAAAGUAGGAUCUACGAGAUCGAGAGUUUCAACAGAAACAGGAACAAAAGUAGGAUCGACGAGAUCGAGAGUUUCAACAGGAACAGGAGUAAAAGUAGGAUGGACGAGAUCGAGAGAUUUAACAGGAGCAGGACUAAAUGUAGAGUCUAAAAUAUCAGAAGAUUCAACAGAAACAGGAAUAAAAGUAGAAUCUACUAGAUCAAGAGUUUCAACGGGUACGGGAAUAAAUGUAGGAUCUACUAGAUCAAGAGUUUCAACAGGUACGGGAAUAAAUGUAGGAUCUACUAGAUCAAGAGUUUCAACAGGUACGGGAAUAAAUGUAGGAUCUACUAGAUCAAGAGUUUCAACAGGUACGGGAAUAAAUGUAGGAUCUACAAUAUCAGGAACUUCAACAGGAACGGGAAUAAAAGUAGGAUCUACGAGAUCGAGAGUUUCAACAGGAACAGGAAUAAAAGUAGGAUCUACAAUAUCAGGAACUUCAACAGGAACAGGAAUAAAAGUAGGAUCUACAAUAUCAGGAACUUCAACAGAAACAGGAAUAAAAGUAGGAUCUAAAAUUUCAGGAAAUUCAACAGGAACAGGAAUAAAAGUAGGAUCUACAAGAUCGAGAGUUUCAACAGGAACAGGAAUAAAAGUAGAAUCUACAACAAAUAUGGGAUUGGGAGAAAAAUCUACAAUUGAGGAGCAGGUUUCAAUAGAAACUGGAUUAGGAGCAGGGUCUAAAACAGAAUCAAAAGCUUCAAUGGGCAUAGGAUCAGGGUCUGAAACAGAAUCAAAAGCUUCAACAGACAUAGGAUCAGGAGUGGGAUCUACAGUGGGAGUAAAAGUUUCAAAAGGAACAUGGUUAGAAGUAGAAGCUACACCAGGAGUAAAAUUUCUAGUAGGAAGAAGGAAAGAAGUAGAAUUUACAGCAGGGGGAAACGAUGAAAUAAAAAGAGUAGAGGCAUCAGUACCAAAAGUAGUAGAAAAAAUGAAAGAAAUGUCAGAAAAAAAAAGGGAUAAAAAUAAGAAUUCGAAGAAAUCAUCAGCUAUUUCAUUAUCAAAGACAAUAUGUAAUUUAUCAUCAUCUUCAGGGAAUAUGAAUAGCAAAAAGAAAAAAGGAUGGAAAUCAGCUUUAGUAGGGGGGGUAGCAUCAGGAGUAGAGAAAGCAAUUAAACAAAAACAGGGAUGGAAAGGAAUAGUGACAGUUGGAAAGUCGGGAGUAAAGGCAGUUGUAUCAGAACUAAUGGAAGGAGACACAUUGGGAGGGGUAUUAGUAGCAGGGGCUGUGGCAGCUGCAGGAGCAGCAAUAGAUGCUGCUAAAGAAAAUAAAGGAUGGAAAAAAGUAGUAUCAUCAAGUGCAUUAGAAGGAGCUUCUACAAUAGCGAAAAAAAUAAAUGAAUGA